AUGGGCAAUUCCAACACGAAAGAAUCGCGGCAUGAUGCCCGGGCCUUCAGGCCGACCGGCUCAUCCGAGCUGGGGCAGUCGUCGUCGCAGCCUCAGGGCCACGAUGGCCGCUCGCGGUCGCACGGCCGGGUGGGACGUCCCGACAUCGGUGGGCUGCUAGGCCUGCAGCCAGGCUCGAGCUCGUCGAGCGAGCGGCGCGAGACCCGACAGGAACGCGAGGCCAGACGGCUCGAGCGCGAGCGGCAGGCACGGCUGGUGGAGCGGGAGCGCAGCAUGAGAGAAGAGCACGUCGACGGCGGAUACCUCGUGACUCUGGGCACGUAUGUUGGGGCGGAAGACUUCAACAAGACUGUUGUCCGGCAGCUGCAGAUCGACCGAAAGAUGGCGCCAUUCUGGAGAGGCCUGCAGGACUUCUCUGACACCUGGACCGAGUAUCAGAUUGUGGCUGCUGCUCGCGGCCUCGACAUUCCUCCGCCAGACCAGCCGCCGCCCGAGGGCUUCCUUCCACAGCAUCCGUCUUUGUCAAGCGCCGGGGACCAGCACUUGACUGUUCCCGGCAGUGCGGCCGUUCCUGGACCGUCGGCCGCGAACACAGCGGCGUGCAUUCCUACAGGAUCGCUCGCCGGUACGUCGUCUCCCUCCCUGUCUCUGCCCACGACGCCGGGAUCCUCUCGGACGGGCUCGUCUCCGUUCAGGCCGCGUGCCAAGGCGAUUGCGGCGGCUCUUAGUGUGUCGUCCCGCAACGGGUCGUCGACGGAUCUGACGCCGCGCGAGAUCACACUUCCUCACGAUCCCUUUGUCAACGGACAGCCGAUUGAAGUGUUUCUGUACAAGAACGCGACAGAAUGCCCGAUCUGCUUCAUCACGUACCCCCCCUAUCUCAACCACACGCGGUGUUGUGACCAGCCGCUCUGCAGUGAAUGUUUUGUGCAGAUCAAGCGGGCAGAGCCACACUACCCCGAGGGCCACGGUGACAACCACGAAAACCAGGGGGCGAACCCGGAAGAACAGGCCGGGCUGCUGAUAUCGGAGCCGGCGAGCUGUCCGUACUGCCAGCAGCCGGAGUUUGGGGUCACGUACGAGCCACCGCCGUUCCGCCGAGGGCUGAGCUACGGGUCGGGUGCGGCGAUCGGGGCGAUGGCAACGGCGAUGUCGUCGACUAGCACGGUCAACUCGUUGAUGCCAAGCUCGCUGGCGGUGGCUGGCAGUACAAGUCCGCCGACGGGCCGGCGGAGAACGCAAUCACUCUCGGCGACGGCGCCGAACGUGGUGACGACGGACCGGAUUCGGCCAGACUGGUCGACGAAGCUGGCGUCUCAGCGGGCGCACAUUGCACGACGGGCAGCGGCAGCGACGGCGCUCCACACGGCAGCAUUUCUGAUCGGAUCGGAGCAGCGAACCUUUCGGGUCGGACGGUUCGGGCGAUGGGCGGGUUCGAGCAGCAACCAACGCGACAGAGAAGCAAGCCCUGCACGCGGGCAGAGUGACGGCGGCGAAGGCGGCGACGGGCCAUCACCGACGAUGGAGCCGGGGCCACGGUCAAGCUCCGGGCCAGUUGCGGGGGUGGCGGGAGGUGCGGGAGGUGCGGGAGGUGCAGGAGCGUUAGGAGCUGCUGGAGCGACAGGAGCUGCUGGAGCAGUAGACAGACGAAGCCGGAUGGACGAUCUCGAAGAGCUGAUGUUUAGGGAGGCUCUUCGACAGUCACUGGCAACGGAAGACGAGCGGCGGCGAAAGGAGGAGAAGGAGCAGCGCAAGGAGGCGAAGCGACGCGAGAAGGAUGAGCGGAAGGCGGCCAAGGCAGCGUCGAAGCAGCACGGCAGCGGGUCGGGCGUGUACGGAGCGAGCGGUGGAAGCGGGCACAGCUCGGCCAGCGCGAGCUCGCUGAGCCUGUCGGGAUUGGGAAUUGGCGGACGGCGAAGAGGCAACAGCGGAGCGUCAAAUCUGCGGGUGGAAGCCAGCGUGGCCAACGCGAUGGCAGCACGCAGCAGCGGAAGCGGAAGCGGAAGCGGAAGCGGAAGCGGCAGCAGCAGUCCGGCAACACCAGGCGAAGGUGCAGGCGACAAGGGCAAGAAGGUGGAUCGAGGGCCGACAGCAGGUGUGGCCGUGUCUGUGGCUGUAGCUAGCGAGAGCGAGUCUCGUCCGACUUCGAGCGCGCAGCGAUCGGCAGGGCCGUCACACCUGCGACAGAUGAGCAGCGCGUCAUCGGUAUCGUCGUCGAGUCCGGGAAACUCGGCAGCAGGGCAAGCGGUACAGGACCCCCGAGCGAGCGGGCUGAGCCUGGGCAGCCGCAGCGGUGGCAGCGAAGACGGGGCGGAUCACGGGGACGAGCGAGACCCGAGCACCAGCAUGGAGCCGAUGUUCAACUUUAGCAGUCUGGCGGAGCUUGUGGGCGUGCAGCUGGAGGGCGAGAACGCGGGCAGACGGCUGUCGGCGAUUGAGCGCGACAAGGACGGCUCGACCGGAUCGGCGGGAUCUCAGAAGGAGGAGGUUCGGGAGGCCCACGGCGAACACGUCGAACUGGCUGAACGGAGGUCGUUUGAGCGGCUGCAGCUGGCAACAGGACUGGAUAAGACCAGCCGGUCGGUUCCGGAAGUGAUGAUCACGCCAGGGACGCCGGCGCCGUCGGAUGAGUUUGAUUAA